UCGCAGAUCAGUCGAGUCCCGAACGCCGAAAGAGGCGCACGUGUUUUAAGUUAAAAAUGGCGGGUAAAUCGAAUGGUACGGACGUCGGUCAUAUGGCUGAAUGGGUGCGAGCACCACCCCCUACGGAACCGUUACUUCAAAGAAUUGGAAGGGCUAUUUAUAAUCCUGAAGAAAAAAGUUUUUUGGGACGUACGCCUAAACGGUGGGGAAUCGUGAUAACAUUCUACCUGGUGUUCUACGCGGUGCUGGCACUGAUGUUCGCUAUGUGCAUGGGGGGCCUGUUCCUCAGCCUCCACGAGGACCGGCCUACAUACACACUAGACCAGUCUCUCAUUGGUUCAAAUCCAGGUGUAACAGCGCGCCCUCUACCGGACACGGGUGAACUAAAGAUCGAUCACAGUGAUGCGAACUCAACCAACGAGUAUGUUGACCAGCUGAACAACUUUUUUGCGCCAUACGUAACUGACCCGCUGUACGGGCAUGCGGAGUGUGUGCCCGCGGACAAUUUCGGGUACCCGGACACUCCGUGUCUUUUCCUCAAAUUAAACAGGAUAAUCGACUGGGAGCCCCACUACUACGACGACGCCGCCAGUCUGCCGGAGGACUUUCCUACGGAGCUGGUUGACCACAUCAAGAAUCAGGCCACUCCGGCAGAACGUUCCCGAGUGUGGGCGUGGUGCUGGGACGAGAACCACCAGGUGGAAGUGGAGUACCCGUGGGGACCAGCGUUACCCGCCUUUCAAAUAUACAAGGCGGGUGCCACGUAUAGGAACCCUAUUGUAGCUGUGAGACUAAAACAAGUGACCAACAGCACGGUGAUCCGCUGCCGCCUCCUCGCGAAGAACAUCAUCUACAACAAGAGCUUAAAAGAACCAUCUGGUUACGCCCGUAUCCCUAUAAACGUUGUGAAUGGAAGCCCAGUGAACGAUGAAACUACAGAGCAGGCUUAAAGCUAUAAUCUGCACCAGUCAACAUGUGAACUGUAAAUUACACUUAUUAUGUGAUUAUUGAUUUAUUAGCUUAAGUCUCAAAGAGGCCCUUGAGGCAUUGUACCGAGGGUGCUGGUGGCAUUUCCUCGUUGUACCGCUAUGCUGAUACGUUGUGUGAGGAAGCCGCCAGCUCUUAGGUCACCAGUUUCGUCAUAUUUCACGUUUUCCACUGAAAAAAGAAACCACAGAGCAAGAUGCAGGCUUAGAAAUGCGACUAACACCAAUCAACAUGUAAAUUCCAAUUCUAGAUAGUGAAUAGAAUCAGGCGUUACUUUGCGGAAAUCCAUA